AUGCUAGAACUCAGUGCCUUUAUAGGACAGAUUACGGGGCUUAUAUAUGUUUCCGCGGCGAUUCUGCCCCUGUGGUAUUUGGCAUCGUACCUAACUUCCCCCCUGGGCCAGUUUCCUGGCCCAUUUCUUGCCGGAUGGACCAACUUAUGGCGAAUGUAUUAUGUUCGACGAGGAGAUUAUCAUUUGGCAAUCCAAGAGCUACACAAAAAGUACGGUCCUGUGGUGCGGAUAGCGCCCAACGUCUUAGACCUGGAUAUUCCUGAGUUGGUCAAGACUACGGAGUUUUACCAUGGUAGCUGUGCUGUGAAUAACGGAAAGAUUAUCUAUAAUCUAUUCAGCGAAUGCAAGCCAGAAGUCCAUUCAGCGCAAAAAAGACCCGUCUCUAAGUACUUUUCUCUAAAUGGGAUUAUGACGCUUGAGCCUCACAUCGACAACAUGAUUCAGUAUUUCUGUCAACGCUUAGAUGAGAAAUUUGUGGACGGAUCUAAUUCCUCCCAAAUAUGCGACCUUGGAGAAUGGAUUACUUACUAUACGUGGGAUGUUGUUGGUCAAGCUACAUUUAGUCAACCGAUCGGAUACCUAGAGAAAGGCUACGACUUUGACAACACUCUCAAGACGGCUAAUAUUGCUAUGGAUUAUUUCACCUUAGUCGGACAGAUGCCAAUACUUGAUCAUCUACUUGACAAAAACCCGAUUUAUAGGCUUGGGCCACCUUCUUUCGGUGCCAUCACAAAUAUCUCGAUCCAACAUCUAGUGGACCGUCUACAGGGCAGUGACACCGGAUACCAUGACUCGGGGAAGCCGGACGUCUUAGACAAGUUAAUUGAAGCAGAAGGAAAUUUUCCAGAUGCCGUCGAUGACACGCUGAUUAUUUCUUGGUUGAUGGUCAUUAUGAUUGCUGGAGCGGACACGACGACUAUCACCCUCAGUACGGCUUUAUACUACUCGUUAAAACAACCUGGUAUCUGGCAGCGCCUUAGGUCAGAAAUUCCUGCUAACAACUCUAAGUCGUCAUUCUCAGCGACUUCCUACAAGGAUUCCAGGAAUUUUCCAUACUUGAAUGCAGUUGUCCGUGAGGCAUUGAGGUACCAUCCCGGCGUUGCCAUGCUUCUUGAAAGAUACUCACCCAAAGAAGGUCUUAAUCUCCCCGGCGGACGUCAUGUUCCAGCCGGAUGUGUGGUUGGAAUGAAUCCUUACGUUGUCGGGCGAAAUAAGUCAGUCUUUGGCGAGGAUGCUGACAUAUUCCGCCCUGAGCGAUGGUUUCGCGAUGAGAAACUGGAGACCGAAGAAGAAUUUCAGCAACGCCUUCGCCUGAUGAACAAUACAGAUCUAGCAUUUGGAGGCGGAAGUCGUAUCUGUAUCGGAAAACAUUUAGCUCUCGUUGAGGUCUACAAGGUUCUUGCUACCCUUAUUUCUCGUUUUGAUAUCAGCUUUGUCGAUCCAAUUAAGGAAUGGUCAACCCACAAUAGCUUUUUUGUGCGACAAAGUGGCAUCAAAGUGAAGUUAUCUAUUCGUACCUGA